AUGAUAGGUAGUAUUUAUCCCAAAGUAUCACUCGUAACCAGGUCGACAUUAUAUCAAUAUGCUAGGGCUAAUGUGGUAGGAGCUAGUUGGCACACCACCAAGAAAGAGGGCAACUCGAUAGUUAGAAAACCGCUGGUAUUUAGAUCAGGAUUUCAUUCUAGCUCAAUACAAAGACAAUCGAUUAAAGAUCCGUAUAAAGCACUUGGUUUGAAUAGUAAAGCUUCUCAAUCGGAGAUUAAGAAGGCCUACUAUAAAUUAGCCAAGAAAUAUCAUCCGGAUAUUAAUAAAGAACAAGAUGCAGAAAAGAAGUUCCACGAUUUACAAAACGCUUAUGAGAUCUUAUCUGAUGAGACCAAACGUAAACAGUACGAUCAAUUUGGCGCUGCUGCAUUUGAUCCAAAUUUUGCUAAUUCUCAAGGUCAUCCUGGCGGAUUUGGUGGAUUUGGUGGUGGAGGGGGUGCUGCAGGUAAUCCAUUUGGAGAUUUUGGUGGUAUCAAUUUCGAAGAUCUUUUCGGUGCUGCAUUCAGUGGUCGGAAUGGUGGAGCAGGAAAUGCUGGGAAUCCAUUUGGGAAUGCCGGAGGUGCUAAUCGUAUGAACAUGUUUAGGGAGUAUAAAGGUGACUCAAUACAUGUCUCAUGUAAAUUGGACUUCAAGGAUGCUGUAUUUGGGAAGAAGAACGUUAAAUUGACAUUUAAUUCAUUUGAUCAAUGCCAUACUUGUCAUGGUUCUGGUAUGAAGAGUGGUGCUGCCAAAGAAACUUGUCAAAGUUGUCAUGGUAGUGGUACCAAAGUUCAUAUUAGAGGUGGUUUCCAAAUGAUGUCUACUUGUAAUGAAUGUCAGGGUGAAGGUAGCACAGUUAAAGCUGAAGAUGUAUGUCAUAGUUGUCAUGGUGAUGGUGUCGAAUUUAAACAUAACAAGACUAUCAAUGUUGAUUUGCCAAAUGGAUUACAAGAUGGUGAUGCCAUUAGAAUCUCCAGUCAAGGGUCAUACCCUCAAAUGGCUGUAGACCCUGAGAUGGCAAAGAAUGUAAGAAUGACUAGAGGUGAUAUUAUUGUCACUAUUCAUGUGGAUAAGGACCCAAAGUUUUCGAUCAAGAACAAGUAUGAUAUUUGGUAUCAAAUGGACAUUCCUAUCACUACUGCAGCUCUUGGUGGUACAGUUGAAAUACCGACAGUAGAUGGAACGAAGAUUAGAUUGAAAGUUCAAGCUGGUACUCAACAUGAUGAAGUCAUUUCAAUACCAAACAUGGGUGUUCCACGUCCAGGGAUGUUGGGACAAGGGGGGCGUGGUCAUAUGAAGGUUCAGUACAGGAUAGUAAUGAAAAAACCACAAUCUAAAGCAGAGAAAUGUUUAUGGGAGGCAUUAGCAGAUGUAACACAUGAUUCCAUGGCAAAAAGAACUAUGAACAUAACACUCGACGGAAUUAAUGGCAAUCAAUCGAACUCUUCUGGAUCUACUAAGAAUAACUCAGGAAAUGCUGCAUCUAAUCCAGAUGAACCAAAUGCAUUGAGUAGAUUAGAAAAGUUUAUCUCCGGUGCAUUUAAAAAAAUAAAAGGUGAUAAAGAUUAA